UUCUUUAAAGCUACACUUACACAAAUUGCUUUCUUUCUAUCUCUUUCUCUCCUUAGCUUAAGCAAAAUCCAAGUUUGUAGAGCUUCUGAUUCAGUUACUAACGGGCCUACAAUUUUUUCACAAGAUUUUCCGUCUAAGUUUGGCCGGAGAAUGGCGUAUAUGUGUGCGGAUAGUGGAAACCUAAUGGCAAUCGCUCAGCAAGUUAUAAAGCAACAGAAACAGCAAGAACAGCAACAAGAGCAACACCAUAAUCAGCAACAACAGCUUCUUGGUCUCAGUCCCGUUGGCUUAAACCCUUGGAGUCACCACGGCGUUUCUAACUCACUCAGUCUCGUGAACGGGCUUUCGAGUCCGGGUUUUGCUGACCUGUUCCAGGGAGAGACUGGAGAUGCGUUUCAGUUCCCUAACAUGGGUCAUCAUAAUUCGAGUGGGUUUCGGUUCCCGGAUUUUGGUGGUGGCUCGGGUGGUGAGUUUGACACCGACGAGUGGAUGGAUUGCUUAAUGAACAGUGGGGAUUCAACUGAUAGUUCGAAUCUGCCGUCUGGUUGUGAUGGCUGGCCAAACAAUGCAGAUUUUGGUCUUUACGGUGCCGAUCCAUUUGGUGCUUCCCCGAAUCGUCUCACCGUUGCGUGUCCUACGCCGUCUGAUCUGAAUCGAGUGAUUUUCUCAGCUGAGGCAGAGAAAAAUCUUAGCUCUACUCUUCAAUCUCAGCCUCAGCUACCUACGUGGUCCCCAUCUCCUCUACCUCCAGCUCCUCAAGUUACCGUUAAAGAAGCCAAAGCAAGCAGCCUCCCGAGCCAGACCCCACUCAGAAACGACGCCGCAGGGGUUUCGGUUGAUUCCCCCGAGAUCGAGUCAGCUCCCCCGCUUUUUAAAGCUUUACUCGACUGUGCUAGACUCGCUGUCUCGGAACGUGAACGCGCGAUCAAAUUACUGGAGGGACUCAAGGAAUCGGUGUCAGAAUGUGGAGAUCCAACUGAAAGAGUGGUUUUGUACUUUACCGAAGCUCUCUAUAGCAGAGUCUCUGUUCGAGCAGAUAAAAGAUUGAAUCUGCCCGAAACGACGUCGGAGAACUUCACUCUAUCUUACAAAGUAUUGAACGACGCGUGCCCUUACUCGAAAUUUUCUCAUUUAACGGCAAAUCAAGCUAUUCUCGAAGCAACGGAGCUGGCAAGCAAGAUUCACAUAGUGGAUUUUGGAAUUGUUCAAGGAGUUCAAUGGGCUGCUCUUUUGCAAGCCUUAGCCACCAGGUCAGCUGGAAAACCGACCCGGAUUCGUAUUUCCGGUAUACCUGCCCCGAUUUUGGGAUCGUCUCCAGCUCCUUCUCUUUAUGCUACUGGCAACCGUCUACGUGACUUUGCGAAGCUUCUAGAUUUGAAUUUCGAAUUCGAACCGAUUCUAACCCCGAUUAAUGAACUCAACGAGUCUUGUUUCCGGGUUGACGAGGAUGAGGUACUGGCUGUAAAUUUCAUGCUUCAAUUGUAUAAUUUGUUAGAUGCUACUCCGGUCACUGCUGAAAGAUCUCUCCGUUUGGUUAAAUCUUUGAACCCCAAAAUCGUGACAUUGGGUGAGUACGAAGCGAGUUUAAAUCGAGUUGGGUUCCUGAACCGGUUCAAGAAUGCUCUGCGAUACUACUCGGCCGUGUUCGAAUCAUUGGAACCGAACUUGCCUCGCGAAUCACCCGAGAGAAUACAAGUUGAGAGACUGUUACUGGGUCGGAAAAUAGCGGGGAUUAUAGGACCGGACGAAGCCGAAAACCAACGGGAGCGGAUGGAAGAUAAAGAGCAAUGGAAGUGUUUAAUGGAAAGUGCUGGUUUUGAAGCGGUAACCCUUAGCCACUACGCGAUAAGUCAAGCGAAAAUUCUGCUGUGGAAUUAUAAUUACAGCUCCUCGUAUUCACUAAUUGAAUCCCAACCUGGGUUUCUGUCAUUAGCUUGGAAAGAGGUGCCUCUACUCACAGUUUCUUCCUGGCGAUGAUGAUGAUGAUGAUUUCAGCGGAUCCUUUGGAAUUUUUCCACCUGGUAAUUUUUCUCUAGUGUGGGAUGGAACAGCUCAGUCUAUGGUGAAAAGUCAAGUGCAAAACGCCAAAUAUGAGAAGCUUCUUCCAUGGUUUUAUUAUAUCAUUUUGAUUUCCAUCUUAUUUUCUUCGUCCUUAGGCCUGGUUUCUAUCUCUCUCUUUUAACAGCUUUUGGUAUAUUCUCUUCAUUUAACAGUUUGGAGCUUUCAGCAUGACAAAAAUUGUAAUAUAAAUUCGCGGGAUUAUACAUUUCCCUUGGUGUUAUGGACGUUCGAUUCUUAUAAUGUAAGAUUAUUACGAGAAAUGUAAAAUUUACGCAGUUUGGU